CGCAACACUUCAUUUUCGUCACGCAACUUCACUUUUGCGCCAUGUAUGCUGUGACUUGCUGGGACUGGCUACUGGCUAUGCCUAGAGAAUGGCGAUAUAUCUGGAAAACUAGCUGGACACCAGUGAAAGUCGCGUACUUGUUUUGCCGGUAUUGGGUGUUCGUCACCGCGCCAUACCUCUUGUGGGCGUUUGUAGUUGAGCACCCGCUGGAGACUUGCGAGAGGGUCUACAGGAUCCCAGUGAUGCUCGCGAUGUGGAACCAAGCAUCCGCUGAGAUUAUUCUCCUCAUCCGUACCUAUGCGUUCUUCAAUCGCAACAACUACAUGCUCGCCUUCCUAGUAUCCGCUCUCGGCGGUGUCAUAGCAUACCAACUCUACGUAGCAUCAUCAGAAAUGCUCCUUUUGCCAUUUGUAUCGUCUCCCACAUCAGGACCGUGCUUUCCACGCUCUCGGCCAGGUUCAGCGGAUCUUCUUGGAUUCUUCAUCGCACCUCUCGCAUUUGACACCAUUGUCACCCUCCUCACGGUUGCAAAGGCCGUCGCCAUGCGGCGCAGGAGUGGCGGGCCCAAUAGCAGACUUAUCCAGACUUUCCUUCGCGAAGGAGUCUUCUAUUACAUGUUGAUCUCUGUCGCUAAUCUGGUCAACGGCAUCUUCUACCUACAGCCCCGCCAAGUGAUGUCGGCAAUAUGCAUCCCUCUCAGCGUAAUGCUAGCUCCGGUGCUGGCGUGCCAUCUCAUCCUUGACCUGCGGGAGCGAGGAGCCGAGACUGUCGCGCAGUCCGCAGGUACCAUCGCUUUCACCGCUGGCGUCUCCUCCAAUAAGUCGAUCCCUGGCUCCCCAUUUUCCGGGCUGGGAUUCGGCUUUGGGUCUCCAUCGAGCUCGAAGGCCCUGGUGCGCCCUACCGGCGUGUUGCUGAGCACGAUGGGCAGCAUUCCUAUGGAGGGCAUAGAAGUAGCGAUGGGCGGCGGCGUGGAACUGGAACAUAUGCAGGCGUAUGGUUCGGAAAGCUCGGUUGACAAGGACGUCGAGCUUGGCCUCGGGAGCACUGUCAGUGGUAUUCGGGUGGACGUGGAGAAAACGACUAUGUGAUGGUGUUCGGAGGCGGUCCGAGUAUUUUCGAAGUUUUGCGUUGCGUCGACUAGUACACUGUUUUCUCAUGGCCAUUCAUUUGCCUUCACGCUCAAGCUCAUAUUUCACGUCUUCAUUCAUUCAGACUUCAUACCUCGUAUGCGUACCUUGGCGAUUUGUUGCCAAUUCAUGGAGCCAAAGGUCUAUUUUCGCACGUUGUAUUCGCAUAGAAAUUGUACUUGUUGGAUUGAUCUUGGCAUAAUUUCGUGUUUGCAUCCUCGCCGCGACGAC